GUGGCACAUCUAUUCAAAAUAGAGAUUAUUCGUUAAAAACAUAUAAUCGGUAUAAGAAACACUCAAAUUGUCGAUGUGAUUUUUUUGAUAUAAAUCAAAGAUGUGAUAAAUGUGAUUUAACUUGUAAACGAAAAAUUGCAGCUUGGGGAAGAGGUACUUUACCAAAAGAAGUUGUUGGUCUAUUCGAAUUUAGAGAAUUCAGAGAAAUUGAAAAAAGUUUUACCAAAGCUUGUAGAGAAAAAAAAAAUAUAAAAGAACUAAAGCUUGAAGAACAUCAAGGAGAUUUAGAUA